GUGGGUCGUACCAACCCCCCCGCCAUGGUCUCCGCCGCUAAUGCCUUUUCUCUGCUGCUGCGCAGGAGUCCCUGCGAAUGUAAUUCACCUGCCACUGCCUCCAGCAGGAAGGAGGUUAAUCCCAUUGCGCGGUUUAGCGGCCCUCCCGCCUGCAGGUGAGGCGGCCGGAGCGGUGGGUGCCGCGGACCGAGCCCUGCCCUGCCCGGCCCGGCCCGGCCGGCCCCCGCCUGCCCAGCAUGUCCGUAACAGAUCAAGCCUUUGUGACCCUUGCUACUGAUGAUGUGUACUGUCAAGGUGCUCUUGUUCUUGGACAGUCAUUGAGGAAUCAUAAGACAUCCAGAAAAUUGGCAGUUCUAAUUACUCCAGAGGUUUCCAGUGGGAUGAGGUCAGUCCUCAGCAGUGUAUUUGAUGACGUGAUCGAGGUGGAUGUGCUUGACAGUGCUGACUCAGUCCAUUUGGCUCUGAUGCAGAGGCCAGAACUGGGUGUAACCUUCACUAAGCUUCAUUGUUGGACACUUACUCAUUACAGCAAAUGUGUCUUCAUGGAUGCAGACACUUUGGUACUUUGCAAUGUUGAUGAGUUGUUUGAUCGAGAAGAGUUUUCUGCAGCUCCUGAUUCUGGCUGGCCUGACUGCUUCAAUAGUGGUGUCUUUGUGUUCCAGCCCUCCCUGAAGACUUACAACCUGCUGCUCCAGUUUGCUGCUGAACAUGGCAGCUUUGAUGGAGGUGAUCAAGGCUUGUUGAACAGCUUCUUCAGCAACUGGGCAACAGCAGAUAUUGGCAAACACUUGCCUUUCCUCUACAACCUGAGCAGCAGCUCUGUAUACACCUAUGUUCCUGCUUUCAAUCAUUUUGGUAGAGAUGCCAAAGUUGUUCACUUCUUGGGAGCAACAAAACCCUGGAACUACAAAUACAACCUUCAAACAAAGAGAGUUAUGCAGGAUGGAACCACCUCUGGAUCUUUUCAUCAACUGUCAUUUCUUGCCCUCUGGUGGAAUAUAUACAGUGCCAGUAUAUUGCCUUUGUUGGAAAAACUUCAAAAGAUGGAAGAAUCAGAAUCUGAGGAAUGCAAGCAUGCUUUCAAUGGAGUUGAAGUUACCCUGAAGAAGGUCAGUCCUUACAUGGCCAGCUCUCUACAAAAGCCUGAGCUCCCAGAGCAGACAAAUGAAGUAAAUCCCACAGCAUGCUCACCCGAGGAACUUGCUUUCAAAGCUCAACCUGUGUAUGAAGUCGAACCAAGAGAUUCUAACGUCCAUCCCUCUGAGCCUGACAGACCUUCAGAACAACCUGUAUUUCAACCUGCAUUUCAGGAAACCUCAGAAAUGAACGAGGUUGCACAUAUUGUUUCAGAGCUGUCUAUUCACUUCAAACCAGCAAAACCAACUCCAGAAGAUGAACGGAGAAAAUGGGAGGAAGGGCGCAUGGACUAUAUGGGGAAAGAUGCUUUUGAACAUAUCAAAAAGAAAUUGGAUGCAUUUUUACACUAAGACAGGGUGUACUGUUAUGCCCAUCUGAUAGAUUUCUUUAUAAAUGCAAUUCUUGAAUACUUGGCCGUCUUAACCAGUUUAGCUGUCAGCAGUUAGAGGUGAUUAUGGAUCCUCAGACAUUCUUGGGGGACCUUACCAGAUACAGAAUCAGGUAUCAGGUUUUUAUAGGUUUUUAACUGAUAAAUGUGCCUGGACUUUAUUGUUACAUGUGUCUCAUCUUCGUUGUUCUCACACAGUGCCUUCUAAAGAAUAAUGAAUGGUACCUUUCUGAGUAUGAACUCUCAUGUAUUUAUCACUCUUCCCUGAUGCACCCCAUCUGCAGGUACAGUCAUGUGUAGGAAACAUGUUGGAAGUUGAGAUUGUUUUGGAAGUUGAACUUUUUCCAAACUGAGAUUAUUCCCAAAGUACAUUCAGAAAUUGCUCUAAAAUAUUUAAAUAUAAAGAACUUAUUCUUGAAACCAAAUUAACACCUUCAAGGGUGACCAUGAUGUAGACUCCAAUACGGGAAAGAAGUGAUGAAAUCCUGGACUUAUAGGAGUCUGCAACAAAACUUUUUAAUUGGAAUACAUUUAGGAUUAGAGGAACUUCAGACUGAGAUCACUAGUGGAUGCUCUACCCAGUUAUAGGCAGCUGCUCAGCUCCAUAACUAGUGUGAGAAAGCAUGCUUUAAAACUCUUUAGGACAGAUUGAUAAUGUAUGUUAACCUUUUAUAUUGUUGCCAUAGGAUACUGAUGCUUUUAAAGAUAUUGUAAGCUUUAGUUGCAUAUUCUGAGUUGUGUAGUCAGAAAAAGAAACACUGACAGUAUGGUGUAAACCUUCUGGUGCUUUUUAUAAAUUUGUUUACAAUACUUCCAACUGCAGCUGAUAAAGGCCUUCUUUGGCUUAGCAUUGUUGCCCCGUAUUGCAGGUAUUUUGAGUGCAACUGAAAACAAAAUUGGCACUUGUUUUAGUAAACAGGCCCUUUGAAGAUCUCUUAACAAUAGCUGUGUGUGGGAACCAAUAAAUCUCUGAAUUCUAAAUUCCAGAAAAAUAUUUACUGAUGAGACUGCAUUAUAUUAAGGACACUUGUGGGGGAAUGUUUUGUGUAUUUGUGUACUUAACUUUGACUUAUCUCAGUGAGUUUACUUUAACAUACAAGUAAAAUACUUUUUUUCAAAGCAAAAAACUUUUAAAGAAAGAGUCUUGACAUUUAUGCUAAUAUAUAGAUUUGACAGUUGUUUGUGACCUCGCUCAAUAGUGGAAUAAGAAUUCUGCAGUGAUGUUGCAGGACUUGAAACGUUUUUGUCUAAAUACAUCACAAAUUUUGGCAGAGAGAUACCUAAUGAAAUGUCUUGGGAAUUCUGUCUAAAAGCAAUGAUGUACCAUUAUGCAUAGAUGCUAGCAGGAAAAACGGAUAACAGGAUAGGAGGGAAGAAGAAAAUCUUAUUUCUUUUUCCUCCUAUCAAAAAGGAUAAGAGGGUAGGGCAGGGAAUAAAUGCACAAAUCAGGAAAGGAAUGAAAGAGUCAAAAGGUCCCUUAAAAGAAGAAAAAAAAUCUUUGAGUAUCUUAGAAUGACUUCCUAAUGUUCAGAUAAGUGAAUUUGCUUUCACUUUUGUAGGAUAUUUCUGAUUUUAUCUCGUUCUAAUUUUUCCUUAAACUCUUAAAUGGGGAAUCCCUCUGUUGAAUACAAGCUUCUAGGUCAAGUGAGGUGUUUAGGGGAAGCAGAGAAAUUGAGAACAGCUCUCCCUCUGCCUAACCUUGGCACCCUCGCUAACCUGUGUUCCUGGGUAGGUGACCUUCACACAUUAACACGGGUAGGUGUGUUCUACCUCUUGGUGCUGUGGCCCAGUGCAGCAGCUGCAGUGUGCCCUUACUCACGUGGCAUUUGGUUAUCCCUGUUUCUUAGUGAUCCUCAUGUACUUCUGAGAAAGUCCUCUGUUUUAUAAACAUUGUUGCUAAUAUACUCCUAACAGCUUUUGAAGACUAUAUAAAGCUGUAGCUAUCAAUGUGAACUCAUGCUUCAUGCAGCUGUACUUUUUAUAUUAACUACUAGAUCUUAUUUCAGAUAAUGGAAGAAAAGUUACUGAUAUGAAAUCAGUAACUGAAAGAUUUUAGAAAUAGACAUAUGAAUUUAGUCAAAUGUGUCAUUGAGUACAUUUCAAACUGUUAAUAUGUACAAUGGUACUCUGUAUGGCUUAUACAAUGUUUUGCAAAGAAUUGUAGUACAAUACAAUAAUGGAAAUAAAAGAAA